GCCACACGUCCUUAACAACCAUACACAAUCCGUGCAACCUACAUUGAAUCCCUGCAUCCACUCACAAUGAACCACAUUCUAGACGAAAAGGUCGUUCUCAUCACCGGCGGCGCAAGUGGUCUUGGAAGAGCCGCCGCCAAAGCCUGUUUGGAAGCCAAGGCCAAGGUCGUCAUCGCAGAUAUCAACGAGAAGAUGCUCAAGGAGUGCGAAGAGGAGCUGAAGACGCGAUGGCACGUUGGGCCUCUGCGCGACCUCACCGCCGUCGUGGCAGACGUGUCGGACGAGGUUUCUGCAGCAAGAGCGGUUGAUCACGCGGUCCAUACCUUUGGCAAGCUGGAUGUUCUCGUAAACAACGCGGGUAUCUUUGACACGUUUGAUCCGGUCGACACUGUCGACAUGCAGAUCUGGAAUCGCGUCCUUGCCGUCAAUCUGACCGGUCCGGUCCUCAUGUCCAAAUAUGCGGUAAAGCAUUUCUUGGACCGCAAGGCCACUGGUUGUUCCAUCAUAAACAUUGGCUCCAUUGCCGGUCUGCGUGGCGCACAUGCUGGCGCCGCAUACACAACCAGCAAGCACGGUCUCAUUGGCUUGACCAAGAACACUGCUGCUGCUUAUUUGCAACAGGGAAUCCGCUGCAAUGCGUUGUUGCCCGGCAACAUGGAGACCAACAUCGUCCAUUCUGUCCCAGGAACCAUCAACGAGAGCAAGCUGAAGAUCUGCCAAGACAUCCUGGACGUGCAUCCCGACUACCUUGAUGCCGACAAGGUCGCGAAGAGCAUCGUGCAUCUGGCCUCGGAGUGGUCAGAAACGAUCAACGGUGCGAUUAUCACGGCGGACGGUGGCUUUACGACUUUUUAAGCGCCUCGGGUUAAGACUUGCGGACUAAUUGGAUUUCCAACAUGCGUUGGAAAUAUGCAUUGGACGAAAAGACUCGGAUCAACGACUAUCUGAAUUGUAAAUAAACCUAAUCAAAUACGGAACAGAACUCCUUUCGCCUCAGCCAU